GUUUUCCGCUUCCUUCACGUUUCCGUUAAACGCUUCACAGACGCCGGGUUUAAAAUCCUGUUUCUGCAGCUGCUGGAUCCCGACGUGAGGAGGUUCGGUGGGUUCCUGGCUUCAGCGCAGGCGCCGAGAAGCCCCAAGUCGCGAAACAAAGGGUGACGCCAGGAGCCGUCGAGAUGGCGGCCCAGCCGGCGAGUAUGGGCCGGUCUAGCCCAGCGCCCCUGGAGAAAGAAGCAGCUUCGCCGGUGAGGCUGGAGGAGCCUGCCGCUAGCCUGGAGUCCCCAGAGGCCGCGGCGGCGCCCCCUGGCCCUGCAGUCCCCGCCGCCUUGCCCCCGUCCCCGGUCCGGCCCCCCGCCGCCCUCGAGGCCUCGCCCCCAGCCCCCGGCCCCUCGGGGGCCCGGCCCGGCCCGGAGACGUUCCGCCAGCGCUUCCGGCAGUUCCGCUACCACGAGGCGGCGGGGCCGCGCGAGGCGUUCCGCCAGCUCCGCGAACUCUCCCGCCAGUGGCUGCGGCCCGAGGUCCGAACCAAGGAGCAGAUCGUGGAGAUGCUGGUGCAGGAGCAGCUCAUGGCCAUCCUGCCCGAGGAGAUCCGGGCCCGCCGGCGAGGCCGCCGUGGAGAUGUCCGUAUCACGGGCUGACGCGGGAGCCCGAGGCCCCGCCGGCCGCGCAGGCGGCGAUGGUGACCCCGGGGCCGCACUGGGUCUCCCGGUACCGAGCUUGAAGCUUUUUCCCUC